CUUUGAAACGGUUAAAAACUGUCAAAAACACAGCUGAGAAAAAAAUCUAACCUCAGUUUUUUUUUUCUUCAACAAAAUAGAUUUUCUACAUGCAUUGUUGUUAGAAUAAAACAAGAAAAACUCUUCUGCUGGUUACUAAAUCCAGACAAAUUUACGCAAUAGAAAACUCUGUUCAUACCAAAUGGCCACAGCAACCAAGGCGAGUAAAAAUUUCUACAGACUAUUUGUGGGUAAUUUACCUUGGACAGUUAGUCAUCAACAAUUAAAAGUGUAUUUCAAAGAUUUUGGACGUGUGAUCAACGCCAAUGUUAUUUUUGACAAAAAGACCGGUAUGUCAAGAGGUUAUGGAUUUGUUACUGUGAAUAGUUUGAAAGCCGUAGAAAAAAUUGAAAACGAACAAAAGCACGUCUUGGAAGGCAAUUAUUUGAAUAUACAGAAAACAUAAACACAAAGAGCAAUAUUUAACAUUGCCAGCAUUUAGUUUGAUAAGUGAAAAUAAUUAAAAGAAAAUAUAAUAUAAAUAAAAUAAAAGCAGAGAAUACAAGAGAAUAACAUGGACAACAUGGAUUAUCAGGACAAUCAUAACGAUAGCGAUUGGGAGUUUGAGGAUGGCGAUGAAAAUGAUGAACUAUUUACUAAAGCUACUCAGCAGGUACAAAGAACACACGACAAAUUAUUACCUAAUGAUUUACUGGAACUCUAUGGUCUGUAUAAACAAGCUACAGUGGGGCCCUGUAAUACCUCUAAACCGGGUAUGUUUAGCAUGCAGGCUCGUGCCAAAUGGUGCGCCUGGCAUGAUUUGGCCGAUAUGCCCAGUGAUAAGGCCAAAGAGUUGUAUAUAGAAAAAAUGAAACAAUUAGAUCCCAAAUGGUUUGAAAAUGUACAAAAUGGUGUUAAAUCCAUGGCAGGAGGCACAGGUUGGGUAGUACAUUCUAUAGAACUGCCACCAGACGAUCUUAAUGCAAAAGAGGAACAUGAAAAGGACGUUUUUGAUUUUGUUAAAGAUCACAAUCUGCAACGUUUAAAGCAAACGGUAAAAACCUCUGAUUUUGAGCUGUUGGAUGAACAUGGCAUGGGACUUAUACACUGGGCCACCGAUGCUAAUGAUUUAGAAAUUUUAGAAUUUCUUUUGAGUUCCGGCUGUCCGGUAGAUUUUCGUGAUGCUGAACAACAGUCAGCUUUACACUAUGCUGCUUCCUGUGAUCAUUUGGAGUGUGUGCAAUUGUUGCUGCGUUUUGGUGCCAAUAAAAUGGCUCAAGAUGCAGAAGGUCAAACGUGUGUGGAUGUAUCUAAUGAUCCUAGUAUACGUUCAUUAUUAGAAUCUUAAAAUGGAUAAAUUUUUUAUAUAUACAUAUUUCUUUGCUUUUAUUUUAAUAAAAAAUAACG